AUGGUGGAUUCGAAAGUUCUUGAAAAGAUUCGGAAUCGAUGUGGUUUCUCAGAUGGAAUUUGCUUGAGUAGUAAUGGACAUUCAGGUGGUUUAGGGCUUUGGUGGCAAGGCGUUGAGUUGGAGGUGCAAUCUUUUUCGGCUCAUCAUAUUCAUGGUGUUGUGUUGGAUGAGGAUAGAGGCCCUUUGUGGGAUGCGGUAGGCAUUUAUGGGUGGCCGGAUAGUGCAAAUAAACACUUGACAUGGCAAUUAAUGCGCCAGGUAAAACAACAAUGUGGUGAAGCUGUAGUUUAUUUUGGGGACUUUAAUGAGAUUGCAAGUAAUGAGGAGAAAGAGGGUGGUGUAACGAGGGGAGAGAGAUUGUUGGAUAGUUUCCGGGAAGCGCGCGAUGCUUGUGAUGUUCGGGAUUUGGGGUUCAGGGGCUCGAAGUUCACCUGGCAGAGGGGAAAUUCUCCUUCGACACUCAUCAGGGAGCGUUUAGAUAGGAUGUUGGCGAAUGGGGGGUGGUGUGACUUGUUUCCUUCGUGGGAGGUGCUGCACCUCCCUAGGUACCGAUCGGAUCAUUGCCCUUUGCUAUUGAAGUCGGGUGUGAAUGAUUCGUAUAGGCGGGGCAAUAAGCUGUUUCGUUUUGAAGCUAUGUGGUUAUCUAAAGAGGAGUGUGGCAAACUUGUAGAAGAGGCUUGGUGUGGGGCAAAUGGUGUGGACAUGGGGCAGCGCAUUGAGGAAGUCUCGCGAAGGUUGUCCUUAUGGGCAACAUCUACUUUUGGUGUGCUAAGGAAGAAAAAGAAGGAGGCUAUGGCCCGCCUCAACUUACUGCAGCAAUGUGUCCCGGAUGCGGCUACUCUUGAACAAUGUAAUAACAUCUCCAGGGAGCUUGAUGAGAUUCAUAAGUUGGAAGAAUCGUAUUGGCAUGCUAGAGCCCGUGCGAACGAAAUUCGAGAUGGGGACAAAAAUACGAAAUACUUUCAUCAUAAGGCAAGCCAAAGAAAGAAACGGAAUAUGAUUCAUGGUUUACUUGAUGAGAAUGGAGUGUGGAAAAAAGGUAAGGAGGAGAUUGGUUUGAUCGUUAAGGACUAUUUCACGGGACUUUUUGCUAGUUCUCAUCCGGUGGAUAUGGACGCUGCGGUGGGGGGGAUUACCCAUUGUGUUUCGGAUGCUAUGAACAGUAAUUUGACUAGGAGCCCCACGGGGGAGGAGGUCCGAGAGGCUUUGUUUGCCAUGCACCCGAAUAAAGCUCCAGGUAUGGAUGGUUUUCACGCAUUAUUUUUCCAGAAAUUUUGGCACAUUGUGGGUCCCGGGGUUAUUUCUUUUAUUCAGGAUUGGUGGAUGGGCCGGAUUGAUUUGAGCUCUUUGAAUCGAACUUGUGUUGUCUUGAUUCCUAAAUGUGCGAAUCCUCGCUCAAUGAAGGACUUUAGGCCUAUUAGCCUUUGCAACGUCCUGUAUAAAAUUCUUUCGAAAACUCUUGCUAAUCGUCUAAAAUGUGUCCUUCCGGAUAUUAUUUCCCCUAAUCAGAGUGCUUUUGUUCCCCGACGGUUAAUAACUGAUAAUGCUCUAGUGGCUUUUGAAAUUUUUCAUGCCAUGAAAAAGAAGGGUAGCGAGGGUGCUGGCUUGUGUGCUUUAAAGCUGGAUAUGAGUAAAGCCUAUGAUAGGGUGGAAUGGUGCUUCCUGGAGAGGGUGAUGCAGAAGAUGGGUUUCUGUGGGGAAUGGAUUGAUAAGAUUAUGUCAUGCAUUUCUAGUGUGUCAUUCUCUUUCAAGAUAAAUGGGGCGAUUGAAGGUGUGCUCCAUCCAUCGAGGGGCUUGAGGCAAGGGGACCCUAUUUCCCCCUACCUCUUUUUGAUUUGUGCAGAUGCGUUUUCUACUAUGUUAACGAAAGCAACUCAGGAAAAUAAGAUUCAUGGGGCUACGAUUUGCAGAGGUGCGCCUAUGGUUUCUCAUUUGUUUUUUGCAGAUGAUAGCAUCCUUUUCUCUAAAGCCUCCGUGCAAGAAUGCUCUAUGGUGGCUGAUAUUAUCAGUAAAUACGAGAGAGCGUCAGGACAGAUGGUUAAUCUCAGCAAAACGGAGGUGGUUUUUAGUAGGGGUGUUCGAUGUGAGAGACGGCAGGAGAUUGUGAGAAUUCUUGGAGUUCAGGAGGUAGAACGUCAGGAGAAGUAUUUGGGUUUGCCCACAAUAAUAGGUAGAUCAAAAAAAGCAACCUUUGCGUGUAUCAAAGAGCGUAUUUGGAAGAAGUUGCAGGGGUGGAAGGAAAAGUUAUUAUCGAAGGCGGGAAAGGAAAUUUUAAUCAAAGCGGUGGCUCAGGCGAUUCCUUCAUAUAUGAUGAGUGUUUUCUGCUUACCUAGUGGCUUGGUGGAUGAAAUUAACUCUCUCAUAGCACGGUUCUGGUGGGGUACAAAAGAUGGAGAACGGAAGAUGCAUUGGCACAAUUGGAGCUCGUUAUGUAUGCCAAAAGCGCAGGGAGGUCUCGGGUUUCGUGAUCUUCAUUGCUUCAACCUCGCGCUAUUGGCGAAGCAGGCGUGGAGGCUGUGUGAUGAUGAUACCUCCCUCUUGGGUAUGCUUCUGAAGGCUCGAUAUUAUAAAAGGGGCAGCUUUGUCGAAGCCCGGCGGGGGUAUAACCCAAGUUUCACCUGGCGUAGUGUGUGGGGUUCUAAAUCUUUGUUACUUGAAGGUUUGAAGUGGUGUGUUGGAUCGGGAGUGGAUAUAAGGGUCUGGGAUGACGCUUGGCUAGGUGGUGAGGGCUCUCAUUUUGUCCCAACUCCUCGUCCGGAUAGUGAUAUGGAUAUGAGGGUAUGUGAACUGAUUGACUACCAAGGUGGUGGAUGGAAUAGCGAACUAGUGAAGCAAACAUUUUUGGAAUGUGACUGGGAAGCAGUCUUAAGCAUCCCAUUAUCUCACUAUUGGCCGAGGGACCAUCGUUUUUGGUGGCCGAGUAGGAAUGGGAUUUUUUCGGUCAAAACGUGCUAUUGGCUGGGGAUGCUUGGACAUAGUCGAGCGUGGCACCUUCUUAAUGGCGAUCGGGAGGCUAGUGUGUGGAGGGAGGUGUGGAAGGUUAGGGGACCACCGAAGCUCCAGCAUUUUUUGUGGAGGGCGUGCAAGGGUAGCCUCGGGGUAAGAGAGAGACUAUUUGCGCGACAUGUUAGCCCAUCAUCAUGCUGCUCGCUAUGUGGCAAUCUUAGUGAGACGAUCAUCCAUGCAUUGUUUGAGUGCAGCCAGGCGAAGGAAAUUUGGGAUGUGAGCCAGUUUACGGCGGUCCUCAUGGAUGCCCCGUCGUCUUCUUUCACUGAGCGCUUUGAAUGGAUGGUGAGUAAACUGUCGAAGGAGGAGGUCCGCAUUAUGUGCUCACUUAUGUGGGCUGCAUGGUUUUGUAGGAACAAGAGGGUGUUCGAAGACGAGUGGGUUAACGCUCCGGUGGUUGCGAGUAGGUUUGUGCAGCAGGUGCUGGAUUAUGAUACAUACGUGAAUGGGGUGCUGAUGCCGCGUGGAUUGACUGGGGAUGUAGUGUUGGGGUGGAGCCCUCCGGUGGCGGGGUGUAUUAAGGUUAACUUCGAUGCUCAUCUGGGUCCGGAUGGUGUGAUUGGUCUGGGUGUGGUGUUUCGAAACCACGAGGGUGGUAUAGUGGCGGCUGGUGUGAAGAGAGUGGCGGCAGUUUGGAGUGCGGUUUUGGCCGAAAGCGCAGCAGCUCGUUACGCAAUGGAGGUGGCUAGGAGGCUUGGUUAUGGCCAGCUUUGGUUAGAAGGCGAUGCUUUAAUGGUUAUUAAUGCUGUGAACAAGCAGGAGGAGGGCCUAUGUCCACAUUUCCGUAUUAUUAAUGAUAUUGUCCGGAUGGCUAGGGAGUUUAAUAGUUUUUCUAUUUCGCAUGUUAAACGAGCGGGCAAUACGUAG